AUCGCUUGCAUUUAAAUCUUAAAUACGUACAUCAGAGUUUAAAUAAAAAUGGGUUGCGAUGGUGGUACUAUACCUCGUCGAGACGAGCUCGUGCGCACAGCUAAAAAACCAGAACAGAAAGAUAAAGACGCUGAACGCGAGUUUCGCUGGCUUCAUUGUGCGCUAACUCAACAACGAUUGCAAGAGCCAAUCGUGAUGUGCGCUCUAGGGCGUAUGUACACUAAGCAAAGCGUCAUAGAACAAUUACUAGAAAAGGAAAAAAUGCCAGAAUCCGCCAAGCAUAUUCGCAGUUUAAAAGACAUCAAAACUCUUCAACUUACACCAAAUCCAGCUUACACUGACGAAGAUAAAACUGAAGGCCUGUUGGACACGCGCCAUGCUCCAUACAUAUGCAAAUUAAUAGGACUUGAAAUGUCGGGAAAAUUUCGCUUCGUUGCCUUGUGGACCUGCGGUUGUGUAAUAUCUGAGCGGGCGCUUAAGCAAAUAAAACGUGACGACAGCGGUGGCAGUACAUGCCCGCUUUGUCUCGUGCCAUUUGGGAUCGAGGAUGUAAUUGUGCUGAAUGGAUCUGAUGAAGAUUUGGAAUUGAUGCAGGCUAAAAUGGAAAUGCGUAAUGUAAAACGUAAGGCGUGUAAGAAAGAUAAGAAAGAGAAAAAAGAGAAGAAACCUGUCGAGGAUAAUUCAAAACAAAAUAAGGAUAAAAAAGAUGAUGUACAAAUAGAAAAACCGGAUGUUGUAUCAAAUGGGAAACUUUCUAAAAACGAAAAGCAGGCAGCUGAGAGUGCACCCUCCACAAGCAAGGCCGCAGCGAUUCAAACAAAAACGAAGAUGGUCGCAAAUCUAAAACGUUCAGGGGCAGCUGAAAAUGCUUUAGAGGAUCCGGAAAUGAAACGUUUAAAGACCAAUUAUAGUGUCGCAAAAGAUCCAAAGGCCAGCGAUGUUUACAAGUCAUUGUUUACUACGCAUAAAAGUGAGAAAGAACAAUCACGCGCACAUUGGGUUACCUACAAUCCGUUCUACAAUUAGUUGUAGGAAAGUUGCAGAGGAAUGUUUUUAUGAAUAGAAACUUUAAGAAAUUUUUUUUCUUAAAUCCUAGAUGUAAGUCUCUUUUGACAUAAACCUGGAGCAUUAAUGCUAUAUAAAACUUACAUACAAUAAAUUAGUAUUCAGUAUACUUAAUAGUAUAAUGAAAAA